AUGAAGUUGUUUGAGUUUUGUACAAUCUUGGCGCUCGCCAUCUCGGUCACGGCCAUCCCCGUCAGCAACGGUUGGGCCAACGCCGUCUCUGCCACCCGUCAGUGCCACGUGGCCAAGGCUGGGCGUUGCCAAUGCCACCGCGCUGGUAACAAGGGCAGCCGCCGUUUAACCGCCCGCGAAGAACCGCUGUUAACCGACAGCAGCGACGACGACUCGGACGCUUCCAGCGACAGUGAGCCGUGCACCUCGCCCACGCGCCACAGCUGGCAAUUUGAUUGCCCUAAUUGCGGAACUAAGAAGUCUAUCGACUGCGGUGAUGGAUUUUGCGGGGUGAAGCAUGAAGCCUAUUAG